AUGAAAAAGUCACAUCUGUCAAUCUGUUCGCCGUGCUUCUUGCAGUGUGGGAAUUCUGGAUACAUAAAAUAAUUUACAGAAUUUCUCGUAAAUUUCCUUAAUUUUCACUAGUAAAAUGGCAGAUUUGGGCGCUCCUGUACGCGUAUCUCCACUGAUCAAGUUCGGACGCUGGUCCUUCCUGGCCGUUGGGGUCGCGUACGGUGCCUACCAUCAGCAGCGCUUGGCCAAGCGGGAAGUCGGCAUCCGGGAAAUUGAAGCCCAACAGAAGGCCAUCCGAGACGCUAAACUGGCCGAGGAGAAGAAACGUAGCUCAGAAGCCGAAAACAAAGCUUUGGCCGAAUUGUCUGGCCCGGCGAAGAAGUGAGCAGUUGAAUAGUUUGCUUAGUCCUUUCUUUUUUAAUUCUAACAAAUUAAUCAGUUGUAAAUUAUUCGGUCGUUCUACCAAGAUCCAAAAGUCGUACAUCAUGGAAUAAAGAAAUUUUUGGUGACCAUA